UGUCGCUGUGACUUACACAAGCAGGCCAGUUUCCUUACGCGGAUAUACAGCGCGUGCGUUUCCCAUGAUUCCUUCUCUUCGACUACCGCCAUAGCGCUGAGCGGUUUGCGAUCUCAGAAAUGGCGUCGCACAAGACCUUCAGGAUUAAACGCUUUCUCGCCAAGAAGCAGAAGCAGAACAGACCGAUCCCACAGUGGAUAAGGAUGAAAACUGGCAACAAGAUCAGGUACAACUCCAAGAGGAGACACUGGAGAAGGACCAAGCUGGGCUUGUAAACACACAGCUCACUUCAACAUCCACCUCCGUCUGUUCUCUGCCAGGACCACCAACUCAUCUAGAGCUGGAGAGGAGCCAUGCUAUCAGGAACAGAAGUUGCCCUUUUGUACAGAUAUUUUGGUUUUGUCCUUGGAAAACAAUAAAAGAUUUGUCAUCGAAUCCAAAUAA